CGAUGUUUUGCGAUAUUAAGGAAAGCUGCUUUGUUACUUCAAUCAGGCGUCACUGUUACCGUCGUGUACACCUAAGUCUCGUCAACUAUUAUAUAAGUGUGAAAAACAAUACCAAUCUCAAAAGAUUUUCAAAGUAAUAAUAUUGACUUUAAAUCAAUCGUAUUGUGCAGGAAGUAGACAGCUAAAUAUCAUAGUGGAAUAUUGAUAUACUUUGCAAUUGUUCGAACGUGUGUUUUAUAACUUAAUUAAAAAUACAUAUCUAAUCGUAAUUAAUAUAGUCUUAUUUUAUAAAGAUAUUAACAAUGGACGAAUUUAAUUGCUCUUACGAUCGUUUAAAAUUUGACGAAGCCUGUGUAAAUUUAAUAUCUGACAAUGGAAACUUCAACAAGUGGCUCUAUUCGCUCUCCAUGGAUUGCUUAUCAUGUCCAUACAAACGUACAGCACAGAUUUUGAGCAAUGUCAGUUUAAAAUUCAGCACAGUCAAUGCAUUAAAAUGGAGAAUAUUAAACAAUAAUGGAAAGGAGGAAUAUGUAUCAGCCAAAAUUACAAGCAAUAUUGGUUGCGAACUGGAACCGAAUCUAGGACAAUAUGGUUUAUACGAACUGGCAGUACAAAAUAAUACGUGUAACUUUAGAACUAUUAAGAAUCCAACAUAUCCAUAUACAGAACUUUUUAUUACUUUGGGAGUAAUUGUAUUUAUCUUAUGUGGUAUAUCUGCUGGAAGAUCUUUAUGGUACAUUUUUAAACGACGAUGUGUCAAUAACGUCAAGGAUGAAUCAAGUAAUAAAGAACCUAAAAAAAAUCGUGUAAAAGCUAUCGACACAUUUAGAGGGAUCAGUACUCUUUUCAUGAUUUUCGUUAAUGAUGGCUCUGGUAGCUAUACCGUAUUGGAACACGCAACAUGGAAUGGCUUGUUAUUAGGAGAUCUAGUAUUUCCUUGUUUUAUAUGGAUCAUGGGUGUUUGCGUUCCUAUAGCUUUGUCAGUGCAAUUAAAACGUGGACCCAAGCUUCAAAUCUGUUAUUCUAUUUUAAAGAGAGGUUUCCUUUUGUUUCUGAUAGGAGUUGCGCUGAACACAUUAGGAACAAAUGCGCAAUUGGAAAAUAUACGUAUAUUUGGAGUUCUUCAACGAUUCGGAGUUACUUAUCUAGUCGUUGGUUUACUAUAUCUCUGUUUUCCACUCCAACAAUCAAAAACUCUACAGAAUUCAUCAUCAACGUGGAUAAUAGUCGAAAUACAAGACAUAAUAAACCUUUUACCCCACUGGUUAGUAAUGCUGGUUCUAAUAAUUGUACAUUGCUCACUAACAUUUAGUCUUCCAGUCCCCGAAUGUCCCACCGGAUAUCUUGGACCAGGUGGAAGACAUGAAGAUGGUGAAUAUUUCAAUUGUACCGGAGGUGCAGCUGGAUAUAUUGAUAAAAUUAUACUAACUUCAAAUCAUAUUUAUCAAACCCCAACUAUCAAAUCCGUUUAUGGGUCCGGUCCUUUUGAUCCUGAAGGAAUUUUAGGAAUUCUCACAGCGAUAUUUCAAGUAUUUCUAGGUGUACAAGCUGGUGUAAUUCUGAUGAUAUAUAAAGGCUGGAAAGAACGUGUUAUUAGAUGGCUUUUGUGGGCAGUGUUUUAUGGAUGUAUGGGUUGCAUUCUUCAUUUCACAAACAUUAUUCCCAUCAAUAAAAGUUUAUGGUCUUUGUCAUUUGUAUUUGUUUCAACUUCUUUUGCUCUGGCUUUCUUAUCUGGUUGCUACUUACUGAUCGAUGUUAUCAAAGUUUGGCGAGGUGGUCCUUUCAGAAUCCCCGGUAUGAAUGCACUACUUUUAUAUGUGGGUCAUAUGAUGUGUUACCAAAUCUUCCCAUUCCAUUGGAGAAUCGGCACCAUGGACAGCCGUAUUUUAUGUUUAAUUGAAUCAAUUUGGGUAGUAAUUCUCUGGGCAAUUAUAGCGUAUAUUAUGCAUCGAAAGCGAACAUACAUCACACUUUAAAUUAUUUAUAGCGUAUUAUGUUACAUCAUAUUUUUAAUUAAAUUAAAGAAGUAUUCUCGCUUUUGAUAUUAUCUUUUUAUUUCUUCUUUGAAAAUUCUUUUUAGAAAAAAAAUUAUAAUUAUAAUCUUGAAAUUUCAUACAUUUAUACUUUGAUAUUUUUUACAAUUUUUUCCAACAUUAAAAAAAGUGUUUUCAGCAAUUAUUUACAAAUCUGUAUAGACAUGUCAGAAAAAUUUCAACUCAUUGUUGCCACGAUUUAAACUGUAAACACUCCGAUCCAAAAAAUUACGUUAAUAUUUUCCGAUUUCAAUAAUUUUCAACAAUCUUUUUUUCAUAUAAAAGUUUGGAAUCUUAGAAAUACUCGUAUGACUGCACAAUUGGCAUUGGCAAAAAAUGAUUUAUUGUGAAAUUAUAAAGAAAAAACGAUUAAGCAAAAAUAAAAAAUAUUUCAAAACUCUA